AUGCCGAACAAUAUCCAGAUCAUCCUCGACGGAAAAACGGCCACUACUUCGGGCAGUUCUAAUGAGCGCGCGACCAAAGCAGACUCUACCAGCCCAAAUACGCCUUCACAUAAUUCGGCAGAAUCCGCUUCUUCUAACCAGUCAAGCUCGAAUAAAGAUAAUUCCUCCACCGACCAUUCUCACGGUUUCUUCAACUUUUUGCUGCAAGCGUGCGUGAUAAGUAUUCUCGUAAUAUGCAUCUACGAGAAAGGCCGGAAACGUGGCGCUCAGGAUUUGACGGCUCAACUUCCGGACGGCAAGAUCUUUACCGAUAGAGAGGGUUUGCGGAAAGAGGAAGAGGAGCUGAAACAGACCCUGGAGACAUUCAUGGUAUUCCAACCUUGCGGAAAGUGUGAUGGUGCGUUCAACGUGCACCACGACAUUCUACGAAACAAGAGAAAGGAGCUGGCGGAGAAGGUUGAGGGGUUGGACAAGAAAGAGUUGGAACACGUCAGACAGCGCGCAAUGGUGCUCGAGGGAAAGUUGAAGAGGCAAAAAGCGUCGAUCGAGAUGGACAGAGCUCGAGAAAGUCCACGUGAGGCCGUCACAGCGGGGAUCUUACCAGACGAGACAUAUACUGAGACAGUUGAUGGCCUUUACUACGAAACUCCAAGCUGCAGCGGGGAAAAAGCCGAUCCGCCCAUGGAACAGGCAGAAAUGUUCCCAUCAGCCAAUCUCGUAGCACAGGUCCCCAGCCAGGGACCUGAGAUGAAUGAGACGCCUAGGACUGUGCGGCAUCGGGAGAAUUCCAUGGCCCACACUAAGCCAGAUACAAGAACUACCGGACCGCCAAGGAUGAAGACAGGAUCAAGUCCAGCAUCUCACGUGGUUCUCAAGAGUCUAUCUGCCGACUACGAUGCCGCAAGUGAGGAGAUGGGGCAGAUCAAGCGGGCGAAAGAAGCCCUAGAGUCUCGUGAGAGAGAGUUGGAGGCCCAGGACAAAGACCGGAAGGAGCGUGUUCAGGAGCUCACUGCACCGAAGUCUGAUCAGAUGUCGUCUAUUGCUUCGGGCAUGCUCCUUGGAUCUGCGCUGGCCUUUGGAGUCACGAUGAUGAUGUCCGUAGUUGAAGCUUGA